CCACUCGAUCCUCCCAUCGAUCACAAGUGUGCGCUAGCUGCAGCGCUUACGGAUUGCAAGAUGUUUCCCGCGGGCUGGGCCCAGACCAGCCACGCGGACGCCGCCAUCGACGCGGCGCUGCGCUCGGCAGGCGGCGGCACCGGCGGGCCGCCGGCGGCGGGCUCGCUAGACGAGCGCGUCGCGCUGCUGCUGAGCGUCGGCGAGGAAUGGUCCGUCCCGCGUCGGCAUAGUGGCCUUCACCUUGGGAGCCGCCUAGACGCCGCCGCCGAAGCGCACCAGCGACGAUGACACGACGCCCGAUUCCGCGCAGCCAGACGGAGCGGGAGCUCAGGCAGCUGCUCCUCAAGCACGAGCAAACCGGCUUCCGCCUCUACGACGGCUUUGAGCCGAGCGGGCGCAUGCACAUCGCGCAGGGCGUUUUCAAGGCCAUGAACGUGAACCGAUGCCUCGCGGCCGGCGGCACGUUCGUCUUCUGGGUAGCGGACUGGUUUGCGUUGAUGAACGACAAGAUGGGCGGCGACCUCGCGAAGAUCCGAGACGUCGGCAACUACCUCGUCGAGGUCUGGCGCGCGGCCGGCAUGCGCAUGGACCGCGUCGAGUUUCGGUGGGCUUCCGACGAGAUCUGCCGCCGGGGAGAUGAAUACUGGCCGUAGCCCGCAGCGCCGCGCGGCGCCUUCGCCUUGCGCGCUUUUUGGCGAGCGCCGCGACGACGAAAGGGUCGCGCGCGCGGGGGAGAGGGUCGACCGCCGCGUUCGCUCGCUCACCUCCGCGAGCAGGCAAAUGCUCGACGUGGCGCGGCGAUCCACCGUCGCGCGCGUCCGCGACAGUGCGCUGACCCUUCGUACUUUCGCCGGGGGCCCCCGCGCCCUCGACGCCGAUCUGCGUCGGCCGCCAAAAAGUCCGUUCGCGCUACCGUCGCCCGCAGGUCCGCAAGUGCUGCACGAUCAUGGGCCGCGGCGAGGCCGGCCUCUCGGCCGCGCAGAUGCUCUACCCGCUCAUGCAGUGCACCGACGUCUUCUUCCUGCGGGCCGACGUCUGCCAGCUCGGCGUCGACCAGCGCAAGGUUCGUCGUCCGGCGUACCUCGUGGCAACCUUUUGUCUCCGCAUGAGUUUUUGGUGCUCAGGUCAACAUGCUCGCGCGCGACUACUGCGACGCGGCGGGCCGCAAGAAGGGCAAGCCCAUCAUCCUGUCGCACCACAUGCUCUACGGCCUCAAGGCCGGCCAGGCGAAGAUGUCCAAGUCGGACCCCGACUCGGCCAUCUUCAUGGAGGACUCGACGGCCGACGUCCGGCGGAAGAUCCGCGGCGCGUACUGCCCGCGCACGGCCGACGCGGCCGUCGCGCGCGACGCGGAGAUGCAGCUCGCGGCGGACGACCUGAAGAACCCGUGCCUCGACUACGUGCGGCACGUGGUCUUCGCGGCGCCCGGCGCGACGUUCGCGGCCGGCGGCGCGACGUUCGCGAGCGCCGACGCCGUGCGCGACGCCUUCGUCGGGGGCGCCCUGUCGGAGGCGGACCUCAAGGACGGCCUCGCGGACGCCGUCGACGCGCUCCUGGCGCCCGUGCGCGCGCACUUUGAGCGCGACGCGCGCGCCGCCGCGCUCCUCGCCCGCGUGCGCGCCUACAAGGCGCGGCCCGACGCCGCGGCGCCGGCCUGGGCCGCGCCGGCGCAGGCGUCGCGGCGGCGCGCGCUCGCGGCCGCCGCCGACGUCGCCGUCGGCGACGCCGCGCGCGUCGUCGUCGCCUUCGCGCCGGCGCCGCGCCUCCAGUGCCCGCUCGCCGACGCCGCGCGCCACGCGCGCGGCCUCGCCGACGCGCUUCGCGCCGACGCCGGCGCCGUCGGCGUCGUCUACUGCUCCGACUGGGCGGCGCUCGCGGUCGACGCCGCGGGCGCGGACGCCAAGGCGAUCGCCGCGUGCCACCGCCGCUACGUGCGCGCGGUCCGCGCGCUCGCGGACCUGUACGCGCCCGGCGUGGGCGCGCGCGUCGGCGCCGUCGCGCAGUCGGCCGUCGCGCUCGCGCGGCCGUCCGACUACUGGAUCGACGUCAUCGCCGCCGGCCGCCGCGUCCGCCUCGCCGACGCGCAGCGCGCCGCCGGGCAGCGCGCCGACGACGAGGGCGCGCGCGUCGGCGCCGUGGUCGCCGCGCUCAUGCGCUGCGCCGACGUCGCGGCGGCGUGCGCGGACGUCGUCGUCGACGACGGCGGCGCCGGCGGCGCGCUCGCGCUCGCGCGGACGUUCUGGGCCGAAGACGACCGCGGCGGCGCCGCGGCCUACGCGCCGCCGCGCGUCGCCGCCGCCGCGCCGCCGCCGCCGCUGACGCUCGACGCGGCCGCGGCCGCGGCCGGCGACGAGAACGCCGCGUUCUGGGUCGGCGACGGGCCCGACGCUGCCAAGCGCAAGCUGAAGAAGGCGUUCUGCGAGCCCGGGAACGCCGACGCGAACCCGCCGCUCGCCCUCGGCGCCGCGCUCGUCGAGAGCGGCCUCGUCGCCGCGCUCGCCGUCGCCCGCGCGCCCGAGAACGGCGGCGACGCCCGCUACGGCGCGGACGACCUCGACCGCCUCGUCGCCGACGUCGCCGCGGCGCGCCUCCACCCGGGCGACCUCAAGCCGGCCGUCGCCGCGGCGCUCCGCGAGAGCGUCCUCGCCGCCUCGGCGGCCGCCGCCGACUACCCCGACGCGAAAAAGGACGCCGCAUGCCUCAAGGCCCUCGCGAAGAAACUUGCCCGGGCGAAGAAGUCGUCGUAG